GCCGGAACCCAUCCGCCCAAAACAGGUCUCGUCCUCUCUUUCUCUUCCUCGUACGCGUGUAGACGAUGAGCAAAGCCGCCGGCGCCGCCGGCUCGGCCCCGGGCCCGACGGCUGCGGCCGCCGCCGCCGCGGUGCAGAAGCAGAAGUCGCUACUGCAGAAGGCUGAUGCUGAUGUCUCCAGCCUCGUCGACAACUUCUCCUCCCUCAUCAACAUCGCCCGCGUCAACGACCCGCCCGUGCGCAACUCGCAGGAGGCCUUCCAGAUGGAGAUGCGCGCAGCCCGCAUGGUACAUUCAGCAGACUCUCUGUUGAAAUUGGUGUCGGAACUUAAGAGAACAGCCAUCUUUUCCGGGCUUGCUUCGUUGAAUGAGAAUGUUGAUAGGAGGAUUGAGGUGCUUGGUCAGCAGGCGGAGGGAACAGAGAAAAUGCUGGAGAGAAUUGGGCAGGAGGCGGCAGCAAGCCUCAAGGAGUUAGAGGCCCACUACUACUCAUCCGUUGUGCGGUCUCCGUCCUAUGAUUGAGGGUUGCCUCAGCUGGUAGGGCCUGGAUUUGGAGCAGCACAAUAACAUGUUUAAUAUAUAUUGUGUAGAAAUCACUUUGAGUUAUUGAUUAUAGAACAGCUAUAAUAAUUUCUCAAGGCUGUUGUACUACUACUUCGAUGGUUGUACUUGCCUGAUGUGUGUGUUGCUAUUCUAAUGGUAGAAUGUUAGCUCCCAUGUACUUACACUAGUCAUUGCUGGUCCACCAUCUACCUUUACCUUGAGCUGUAAAUUGCAUUUUAGCCUUUGAAGCUGUUGGAUUCCUUGUUAUUUCAAAA